CCCCCUCUCCCUCUUAUUCUCUUGGCGUACAUCUUAAUAUGUUAGAUUUGAUUAUUGAAGUUUCUAGCUCUGUUGUUUGUUGGAUUUGUAAUGGAGGGCGACUUUUAACUUCAGUUCAGUGCCGAUGUCCAUGGCCGACAUAUUGUGCUGGAAAAACGUAGAAGGUUAUGGUUAAGUCUGUACUUGGCCUUGGUGGCUAAUUAGCCAACCACACACCGCAGCCUCAAUGGCAGCACUCCCUGUGUGGAUGUAUCUCAUGACGAUGUCCGGGCGCACCGAACCUGAAGGAUCACAUCAACUUGAUUCAAAACGUGCUGUGCAUUCAUGCCGAAAAAAUGUACCUGGCUCAUCAUUCGUCUCAGAUUUGAAAGAUCACAUCCACGAGUUCAUCAAUGCUUCUGCAGAUGAACACAGGACAUGCUUCACAAAGACUAUCAAGAAGAUGUUUGGGAUGUCAAAGACUGUCGCACAGAGAUCCUCUGAAGCAGAGGAAGCUGGUCCAGCAAGUGUCUUGCCACUUGAGACCACUGUGUCGCGGUAGAAGUCUCACCAUUUCACAUUUGUCUAGAGCUGCCAGUAAGCAUAAUCUUGUGUAGACAUAAACACCUGUCCAUACUUUUGACUGAUAUAUAAUAUUAUGUACAGUUACAUGGGCCAUUUCUGUAACACGACCAUUUCAUAUUUGUCUAAGUAGGUGCCAGUAAGCAUGAUCUUGUGUAGAUAUAAACACUUGUCCAUACUUUUGACUGAUAUAUAAGAUUAUGUACAGUUACAUGGGCCA